AAUGAACUUCCAUUGGAUGAUAUGGAUGAUGAAGUGACCACAAUUGAUGUGGCGGAGGGCUCUCACCUCCAAAGAAAAGAGAGUGAGUACUUGCUGAAGCCUGAUAGCAGCAGUAUGUUGAAUUCAAGGGAAAUGGUUAUACCUGGUGAAGGUGAUUAUCCCGAGAGCUCACCCCAGGAAUUCACAGGUAUUUUAGAGGGUAAGAAUGUAAAUAAAACUGUAAGUUCUUUAGCUGCAGCAGAACAUACAUGUAGUGGCCAUCUCCCUGUGGAUGAUGCUGGGAUCAUGGUUGAGGAGUUAACACUGAGAAAUUACAAUGGAGCAAACUUAGCUGUCGUUGGUCCCUCGAACAAUAGAGAUAGAAUGCAGAUCAGGCAGAACCAGUGGCAACAUAUUCAUCUGCUAGCGGGUGGACAAGGAACUGGGAGUUCAGUCCGAGAUAGUGUAUGUAGGGACAAUGGUCAGCCAAUGUCAAGUGCAUGGGAGGAUGUGGGAUACUCAUCUUUCCCUGAAUUUUUAGCUCAAAAACAAUCUAGUCAUGAUCACAAUGAAGUCAGGGAACAAGUUACAAAUUGUGAAAAUAGAGCUGUUUCAGGUGAUACAUUAUCUCCUGGCGGGAUCCGGACAAAGAUUCUAUCUAAAUCUGGGUUUUCGGAGUUUUUUAUUAAAAAUUCAUUGAAGGGUAAGGGUGUCAUAUGUAGAGGCCCAGCACGUGAUGGCUUUGGUGUUGAGAUUAGAGACUCAAAUAAUACAAAGGCUGCUGUUGAUACUACUGUAGCUUCUGAUUCAUCGCUGAGUCCAAGUGCCAAAACUGCUACGCCAUCUCCCAGUGGUCUUGCUCCGACUCGAGUCAAGAGUGUCAUAUGUACGGACACAGUAUAUGAUGGCUUUGGGGAUGAGUUUAGAGACCAAAACAAUACAAAGGCUAUUGUUGAUAGUCAGGUAGCUUCUGAUUCGUCACUGAGUUCAAGCGCAAAAGCUGCUGUACCAUCUGCCCAUGGUAGUGCUGGGACUGGGCCUUGUCAUGGCCCCCUUCCUGAUUCUUCUCAUGAUGGAGUCAAUUUGAGAGAAUGGUUGAGAGCUGGGCACCGUAAAAUAAAUAAAGUUGAGAGCUUGUAUAUAUUUAGGCAGAUUGUGAAUCUGGUGGAUGUUUCGCACUCCCAAGGUGUUGCAAUGCAGAACUUACGACCAUCUUGUUUUAAGUUGUUGCCAUCAAAUCAGGUUGCAUACCUUGGAUCUUCUGUCCAAAGAGAAAUGCUAGAGAAUGCUGUGGAUCAGGAUGUUUCCUUGAAGAAUCUCCUGAGUGGAAAAAGGUCAUUAGAAAAAGGUAUGUUUCCCUCGAUUAGUUUAAGUGGAAAGAAGCAAAAGUUCAGUGAAAGCAUGAACACUUUUAGACAGUGGCCACAGUUUUCAGCAAGAUAUGGCUUCAAACUUGAAACUGCAAAUAAAAGUGGCAUCAAUAUUACUCGUGCACAAGAUUUGGGUAGUAAAUUCAAUGAAGAACAUAACCAAAAUGCUGAAUAUAAGAUUCAACGAAAAUCCAGCAGCCAAAAUGUUUCUUAUACAUCUCAACAGCUGUUGAUUUCUGCAAGUGAUCGGUUAGAAGAGAAGUGGUAUACUAGUCCAAUGGAGCUCAGUGAUGGGGUCUGCACAUUUUCAUCUAAUAUCUACUGUCUGGGUGUUCUUUUGUUUGAGCUACUUGGAUCUUUUGAUUCUGAAAAAGCACGUGCUGCAGCAAUGUCAGAUCUACGUCACAGAAUUCUUCCCCCCAAUUUUCUGUCAGAAAAUCCCAAAGAAGCAGGUUUCUGUCUUUGGCUACUUCAUCCUGAAUCCUCAUCACGUCCGACAACCAGAGAAAUCCUACAAUCUGAAGUAAUUGGUGGACUUCAAGAGGUACAUGAAGGUGACUUAUCUUCAUCUAUUGAGCAAGAAGAUGUUGAUUCAGAACUCUUACUGCAUUUUCUUAUAUUAAUGAAAGAGCAAAAGCACAAACAUGCCACCAAGUUAGUGGAAGACAUUAGGUGCUUAGAAGCAGAUAUUGAAGAGGUUGAGAGGAGGACCUCUCCUAAAAAAUCUUCACUCCUUUCUUGCUCACAUAAAACUGCAAUAUGUGCAAGUGAAAAAAGGUUCAUUCAAGAAGGGACCCCAAGUGCAGAAGCAUGUUCUGAAUUUCCUCACUUUUCUGAUACAUAUGGAUUAAGGUUGAUGAGGAAUAUCAGUCAACUUGAAAGUGCCUACUUCUCCAUGAGAUCCAAAAUCCAGCUUCCUGAAACUGAUGCUUUAACACGUUCAGAUAAGGAUUUAUUGCUAAAUCGUGAGAACUUUUAUCAGGCACAAAAGAACGGAGAAGACCUGAAAGUCACUGAUCGCCUGGGAACCUUCUUCAAUGGGUUGUGCAAGUAUGCUCGUUAUAGUAAGUUUGAAGUUCGUGGGAUAUUAAGAAAUAGUGAUUUCAUCAAUUCUGCAAAUGUAAUUUGCUCUUUGAGUUUUGACCGGGAUGAGGACUAUUUGGCUGCUGCUGGGGUAUCAAAGAAAAUAAAGAUAUUUGAGUUUCAUGCUCUCUUUAAUGACUCUGUUGACAUUCAUUACCCGGUAAUUGAGAUGACCAACAAAUCAAAGCUUAGCUGCAUUUGCUGGAACAACUACAUCAAGAAUUAUCUGGCUUCAACUGACUAUGAUGGUGUAGUUAAGUUAUGGGAUGCGAGCACUGGUCAAGGCCUUUCUCAAUACAUUGAUCACCAAAAAAGGGCUUGGUCUGUUGACUUCUCUCGAGUGGAUCCCAAAAAAUUAGCCAGUGGAAGUGAUGAUUGUUCCGUAAAACUGUGGAGCAUUAAUGAGAAAAACUGUUUAGGCACGAUAAGGAACAUUGCAAAUGUCUGCUGUGUUCAGUUCUCUGCUCACUCGUCUCAUUUGCUAGCCUUCGGGUCUGCGGAUUACAAAACCUACUGCUAUGAUCUGCGGAAUGCUAAAAGCCCCUGGUGUAUAUUGGCCGGCCAUGACAAAGCUGUAAGCUAUGUGAAAUUCUUGGAUGCUGAAACCCUCGUUUCUGCAUCCACUGACAAUUCUCUAAAGAUUUGGGAUCUCAACCAAACCAGUUCUACUGGUUUUUCCAUGAAUGCUUGCAGCUUAACCCUCAGUGGGCACACUAAUGAGAAGAACUUUGUGGGUCUGUCUGUUGCGGAUGGAUAUGUCACAUGUGGUUCAGAAACCAAUGAGGUUUAUGCUUACCACCGAUCUCUGCCCAUGCCAAUCACCUCUCACAAGUUUGGAUCCAUAGACCCUAUUUCUGGAAAAGAGACUGAUGAUGACAACGGACAGUUUGUUUCAAGUGUGUGCUGGAGAGGGAAGUCAAACAUGGUUGUUGCUGCCAAUUCCACUGGAUGUAUAAAAGUAUUGGAGAUGGUUUAAGGAAAGGGCACCAUUCCUGGGAUUAUUAUCAAUGGCUUCUUUGCAGCUCAAGAUUCCCAAAGUUAUCUGAAGGCCUAUUGUUGGACUGGGGGAUGUAAACUUUCACUGGAAACACUAUUGAAAUUUGAGAAUUUGAAGAUGUUUUUGAGAUGGGAAUGUUGAAGAAGUCAGCUGAAUGUCUGACAGCAUUGAAGCUUGCAGUCCAAAGAGAAGCCAGCAAGAGUCACAAAAACUGACUCCAUAUCCUCAAAUCAGAUUUCAGAAGAAAUUAAAAGCUUGAAACCCAAAUUUCUUACUGCCAUUUGGAAGAGGCCUGUGACUAAAGGUUUGAGUUCUGUGUUGCUCAAGAUCAAUGUCAAUCACAGGCAAGUCUAAAUGAUCGGAACUCAAGAUUGUGUUAUGGUGACCGUUCCCAGAACUAAUAUGGUGAAAAAGGGAAGGUUGCCGAAGUUAAGAAAACUUAUGGAGUGCUACUUCAACCACUCUUGAGGAAAUUCCAUAUUCUGUUGUAUAUAAGUAAUGUUGAGAAGUCCAAAGCCUACUCUUGCUAUUGUAUAGUUCCUAAAUUUUGAUAUAUAGUACAGUUUUGUUUUAAGAA